UAUAGCCGUCAGAUGCCAAUGUGCAAAGAAAUAAAAUAGAUCUCAUAAACAAAGAGCAACACGACACGAAUGGGCCAAGACCCAAACAAAGCAUAAAAGAGUUUCACAAGUCCACACCAACGUAAGAGGCAACCAAUUAAAAACACAAUUCGAUUGAAUUAAAGAAUGGGAAUUGUUGAAGAAGCACACAACGUGAAGAUUUUAGGAACAGGGGAUCGAAGUAUAGUCCUUGCUCAUGGGUUCGGAACAGAUCAAUCUGUGUGGAAACAUUUGGUUCCUCAUCUAGUUGAGGAUUAUAAGGUUGUCUUGUUUGACAAUAUGGGAGCUGGAACUACCAACCCAGAUUACUUUGACUUUGAAAGGUACUCAACCUUAGAAGGAUACGCCUAUGAUGUGAUCGCUAUUUUGGAAGAACUCCAAAUUCCUUGUUGUAUUUAUGUCGGUCACUCUGUUUCUGCCAUGAUUGGUGCCAUCGCUUCUGUUGCACGUCCCGAUCUCUUCACCAAACUUGUCACAGUUUCUGGUUCUCCAAGGUAUUUGAAUGACGUGGACUAUUACGGAGGAUUCGAACAAGAAGAUCUAGAUCAAUUAUUUGAAGCAAUGAGAUCAAAUUACAAGGCAUGGUGUUCAGGUUUUGCACCUUUAGCUAUAGGAGGGGACAUGGACUCGGUUGCGGUACAGGAGUUCAGCAGGACAUUGUUCAACAUGAGACCAGACAUGGCAUUAAGUGUGUUACAAAUUAUAUUCCAAAGUGAUUUGAGACAUAUGUUGCCUCAUGUAACUGUUCCUUGUCAUAUAAUUCAGAGCAUGAAGGAUUUGGCUGUGCCUGUCGUAGUCUCCGAAUACCUUCACCAGAACCUCGGAGGCGAAUCCAUUGUGGAGGUGAUGUCCACCGAUGGACAUCUGCCGCAGCUCAGUUCACCCGAUGUUGUUAUUCCGGUGUUGCUUAGGCAUAUUCGCUUUGAUAUUUCCGUUGAUAAAUAGUUACUUUAUUUUGGAUAUGUACAAAGUUAAUUUCUUUCUUUGCUGAGUGCAAUUCAUAGCUACGAGUACAACUGCGCAAAUAUCAAGCGAUGAUGAUGGAUAAGUAUCGCGUAAUAAAUCAACAAUGUUCGAAUAGUUGUAAAUUACUUUGAGAUCGGCUAUAUGAAUUCCAGUAUGUUUUAUUGUUGGAGUGGUAAA